UUGUAUUUGUAUUUAAUAAAAAUAUCAAAGUCGAACGAGAUUACUUUCGACGAGAUUGUAAGAUGAGUUGGUUGGCGUUUAUCGGUCUUGCCGUGAUACUUUAUUAUAUCGUAUAUCUGAUUUUAUGGAUUGUGUGCGAUGGAAAUGUUUGGCUUAUCUACAAAGAGCACUUUGGUAAACCUAUAGCGGAAUUAAGAAAAAAUGUCGUUUGGAUCACAGGUGCCUCUAGUGGCAUUGGACGUGCACUGGCCUUACAAUUAGCACAAGAAGGUGCACUACUUAUUUUAUCAGCAAGAAGAGAGAAGGAAUUGGAGGAGGUGAAAGCCGAAUGCAUCAGGAAGUCAAAUGGAAAGCUACAUGAAGAAGAUGUAUUUGUCAUGCCAAUGGAUAUGUUAAAAAUUGAAGAUCAUCAGAAAUGUUUGGAUCGCGUACUCGAAAAAUUCGGACGUCUUGAUAUUUUAGUGAAUAAUGCAGGUCGUUCGCAACGUGCUAACUGGGAAGAUAUCGAGCUUAAAGUUGAUCGUGAUUUAUUUGAAUUGGAUGUGUUCUCGGUGGUUCAUUUGUCGCGUGUUGUUGUGCGUUAUUUUUUGAAACGUGAUUUGAAUGCUCGCGGUCAUAUCGCAGUCACAUCAAGUGUAGCCGGCUUUGCAAUAGCGCCAUUCUCUGCAAGCUAUUGUGGUGCAAAGCAUGCUGUUAAUGCAUAUAUGAACGCUUUGCGUGUUGAACAUCGGAAUAUUGAUGUUACCAUUUUUGCACCUGGACCAAUUGCUACAGACUUUCUACAGGAAGCCUUUACAGCGCGUCAUAAUGAAAAAGUUGGCUUAAGUACCAAAAAUCAGAAACGUAUGACCGCCGAACGUUGUGGCAAAUUGUUUGCUGUGGCUUUGGCAAAUAAAAUGAUGUUUGUAUGGUGUGGUCUGUUUCCAGUUAAUGUAUUGGCAUAUGUAGCACGAUCUCCCAUAUUAUCGCAUAUUGUAUUUUUGUUAUUAAAUGAAAAGGCUUUGAACAAAAUACGUGAGGGUAAACUUUAAAUGCAUAUUGUCUCAACUGUAAAUGGGAGUUCUGCAAUUUAUUCAUAUUACUAAUAAGUUUUAAAUACUUUUUGCUUUUAUUUCAAAUUUAAACUAAGUCACAUAUAUGAAUUUUCAAAUUAUUUUUGUAUUUAUUAUUAAGUGAAGUCCAGAGUGCUUUCAGGGUUAACUUUUCUUUCGGGUAUGGGUUAGAGGGUAAAGAGCAUUGCUUUUUAUUCAAAACUUGAUAAGCGUUAGUGAGUAUAUGUUAGUUGAAUUAAAUGACUAAAACUUAUAAAUAAUUAUGUAUACAUCAAAUUAAUAAACUUGUUUAUAACAAUUAA